CUCAUUCGAUAGGAUGGCAACGAUGCCGAGAGCUUGACGUUACACCUACAACCGUGUACCAAGCACGAGAAACAUAGCUGAUGUAUCUGUUCUCUCUUCUCUUUGUAGGUAGAAAAAGAGAGAGAGAAAGAGAGAAACAUACAGACAUAUACACACACACAUACACACAUUACAUAUACGUAACGUGUAGUGAUGUGUGUUCGUCCAUAGCCGGUUAAUACCAGCACCGAGCGAGUUGCCUACCUGAUGCCCCCGAGAACGCGAGCUCGAGCAAGUCACGUGGUCUUUUGAACGCGAAGGAUGUUUCUGGGAUCGCGAAGUCAGUACUCGACGGGCCGUCCUCCGAGCUGGAGGGAAAAAGACCGAGGUGAACGAGAAGGUACAAUCUUGCGGAGAUCCCUUGUGGAGGGAGGAAAACUUGAAGAGAGAGAGAGAGAGAGAGAGAGAAAGAGAGAGGACUUUGAAGAGUAGUAGUAGUAGGUAGUAGUAGUAGUAGGGAGGAUAUCUUGCGAAGGAAGCCGCUCGAUCGUCGGAUACCGCAACACUUCUACCGAUAUGCGUUAACCGAGAACGAUACUUUUUCGAAAGUUCUUUUCCUGUGAUUUUUUUUCUCUUUUACUGUUACGUGAAUAUUCUUUCACGAGGAGGAAACUCUAUGAGAUACCUCGUUGAUUUUCAUCGUUUUUCAAGAUACAUUUUUCAACCGAAAUAUUUCUAUCAAAUCGUACAGCGUUAAAAUGGUAAAGAUAUACAUUCUUUGUGACUUUUUCAAUGAAAUAUUACUUGACGAGAACAAAUUGAUCUAAUCGAUUCAAGAAUUCGUCCGAUGAAAGAAAGGAAUAAUAGGGGAGAGACAACGAGAUUUCGGAAUAAGAGAAAGAAUAGAGAGAAUCAAGAGUGGGAUAUCAAAAGAAAAAGAGAGAGAGAGAAAGAGAGAGGAAACGAAUUAAGAAUACUACUACGCUUCGAAAGAUCUUUGGGCACUCGUGAACCAAACGAAUUGUAUUAUUUUCUUUGCCUUCAUUUUCAUUCUAAAAAUACAAUUUCGUAACGUACGAGAAGAAAAGAAGAAGAAAAAAGGAGGAAGAAGAAAGAUAAAAGAAAAAAGAAAUAGAUUGGAAAGGCUAUCGAAUGAUUUCCUGGUAACUAUUUAUAUCGCGUUAAGUCGAUGACGCAUCUCGUAGCACACCGAAGUUACGACGACGUGCUACAACGAGAUUCUCCGUAGAUACGAAGAAGUCCGAGGAUGUAUCCGUUAGAACGAAGAAAACAACGUAGGAGUGUUCUGCUAUAUUGAGAAAGAUUGCUGGAUAUUCUGCAUGCAUCGAUGUUUGUUUUAGAGAAAAAGGAAAAAGAAAGGUGCGAUGUAGUUGGGUUGAGAUAAGCCAUAUCUAUUUCUCGUUAUCACGAGAGCAUAGUUGAAUUCUAUUUGAAAGAAUACAAUUUUUAUAUAUUCGACGAUAGUCGAAGUAAGAUGCAGUUAGCAGCAACUCAAAGACCUCAUCCACCACCGGUACCACCUAGACCAAGUCGACAGGUGGUAGCUGAGGCAUUGAAAAGAUCACCUAGACCACCCUGUCCUACUAGACAGGCACCACCACCUCCUAAUACCAAACCUUGGAGAUCUGAUCGUGAUCAGAAUGAUCCACAACAACAACAACAACAACAACAACAGGGAUGUCCAGGUGGUGGACGUACCAUAAUCUACGAAUCCAUUAAGGAAUCUACGAAAGCUGAAAGAAACGAUAUUUCUCCAAUAAGUACCAGCACGGUUCAGCUCACCGACAAGCAUCAGCAACAGCAACAGCAACAUCAACCGACUCAUGUAUCGAGUGAAAGGAACGACGACAACGACGAUCGUCGUGAAAAUCCGCGAGAAAGACGGCACCGUCAACCUAUCCUCGAGCAAAAUGAUACUUCCACGGAGUCGGUGCUCGUACGAGAAAAAAGAGGAGAAGGAGCAGGAGGAGCCACUAUCGAGGAUCCUCGACCGGAGGGACAACGCCUUGAAAAUCGUGCCGAUUUCAAAGAUUUCAAGGAUCAAACUAAUUCCCCAGGUGGACGAUCACCUGGAAAAACAGAUGGUGACUUAUCCAGCACCAAAGAUAUCAAAACAGUCGAUUUCGAAAUAUUGGAUAAGGAAGAGCAUGCGUCGAUAGGGAUGACAAAAAAUCCUACUAAGUCAAUCGUUUCGUUCGAAGACGAACGUCGUUCAAAUUCUGAAACGAAAAUACUAGGAAGUAACGAUACAGGAUUCAGAGGACGACCGAGGAUCAGGCCUGACAAAUCCUUGAACAUGGAAAAAACGAUGAGCAAGUUUGAUGGGCGGCCUACGCCCACGCGAAGAUCACCUGCUGGUAACCAACAAUCAACCGUUCUAUCUCGAAAAGACUCUGUUUCUAACGAGAAUCGUAAUAAUAACAAUUAUAGUAAUAAUAAUAAUAACAACAAUAAUAAUAAUAGUACUCAUAUUAAUAACAAUAAUAAUAAUAAUAAUAAUGACGGUGAUGAUGAACAAAAUGAGAAAGAGUCGAGUGUAACAGACGAGAAACAUGGAACAGUAGUCGUGGUUGACGAAUCCGAACAUAGUAAAGGCACGUACAACGAGGAGGACAACGACAAUAACAUUCAUCGACAGGAUUGGCUCGAGGCCGGUAUCCGUUAUUCCUCCACGCAGAUCACUUUGCAGGGAGACGAAGGUGCCGACGGUCUCCUCUCAUCUUCGUCCGUUGACGUCGAACGCGUUAAUGGAUACGACGAUCGUCCCGAGGACGAACGCACCGUCGACCUUGACUUCGUCAGCAUACAGGAGAGGAUCGCGAUGUCUUCCCUGCAGGGGCUGCCACCGUUGCCGAGGAGCCUCAGUGGAUUCAAUUUGAGUGGAGCUUCUGAGCCACCCCCACCACCUACGAGGUCAUCCAGCAAAUCACAAAGAGGCGGGAAAACGUCGAUUCAAACUUCUACCUCGAGACCUUCUCCACCUGCGAGACAACUUACCACGUUGGAUACUCAACUGGCGAUACUUAGAAGAGAAAUGUUUGGUCUACGACAACUGGAUCUUUCUUUGCUUUCGCAACUUUGGUCUCUGAACGAAUCAAUCCAAGAAUUUCGACAACUCUUGCAGGAACAAGAAGACAGAGCUCCAUCGCCGUCGCCAAGUAGCGAGGAAGGAGAUGAUACUUCGUAUGGGACACAUCCACCACCAGCACCUAGAAGACCAGCACCUGUGGUGCAUCAUCAUCGACCACCUAGGCCACCUAGACCACCAAGGCCACCACCCAGCGACGAAUCACCAUCUAGCGAGGAAUACGGAGCCGUUUGACGGAGGAUACUUCCUAAAAAGACGAAAAGAUCUUCUCCGUUGUGUUCCCCAAACUCUAUAGAGUUCCUGUAAAAGAGAAAAUUUGCAAAGAAAGAAAGAAAGAAAGAAAGAAAGAAAGAAAGAAAAAAACACAAAGAAAGAAAGAAAGAUGCUGAAUUCUUUUCCGAAGUUCUUUCUCUUUCUCUCUUUCUCUCUCUCUUUCUCUUUCUUUUUGUCGUUGAAAGAGCCUCGGUGAUGAAUGAGGAAGGAUCUUAGUUGAAAUUCAAUUAAAGAUAAGCUAUUAUCACCUCGAUCAAAGAGUCUAUAUCGUUUGCGAGAGAAAGAAUAUUAAUAUAAAAGAAGAAGAAGAAGAAGAAGAAGAAGAAGAAGAAAAGAAGAAGAAGAAGAAGAAGAAAAAUAAGGAGUGAAUAUCACAAAAGCCAUGUGUUCAAGGCUGCCUACCUCUAAGCAUUACAUCGAUUUUAAACGUUUUAUUGAAAGACGCGCCGUGUGUUGUUCGUACGAGGGUGGAAGUCAAUUAGUAAACAAAUUUUGUCCGUACGUCGGAAGUCACCCAUACGUGAUAGCCUGAUGUUAUAUACCUAUGUAUGUAUGUACAUAUAUAUAUAUAUAUAUAUAUAUAUAUAUAUAUAUCACGGACCGUUUUUCUGACUUAUAUUAUCCGAGAAAGUCUCUUCUAAAGCUACAUAGACCACACUGAUCUUAAUCGCAGACAACGAUACUAUCCUCUCUAUUCAAGCUAUUAGAUAAGAAAAAUAUUAUUCCCGUCGUUUCACGGUCAGUGUUAAAGAGCCUUCGAUAAACGGCAAUGGUUUAUAGCAACAACAGCAACAGAGAGUUUGUUUUUGCAUGAAUAGAUUUCUCUGCGUCGUCGUCAUCGUUAUCGUUCUCUAUGUUAGAGGAACAAAAUCGAUCAUACGACACGUCCAAAGCUUUUUGCGACAGGCAGUAGCUAGUGAGUUCCAAAGAACUGUCUUUCUUCCGUUUUGGUCAAAGAAGGAGGAAAAACUUUCUCACGUUAACGCGUUAUUACGUCCACUACAGAGUUUUCUCUUUCUUAGUUAGCGUAGAUAAGCGUGUAAAGAUUAUCAUCGUAGAAUUUAAGAAAUAAACACGGGAGUUGUCGAUUCGACAUCAUUUUCUCUGUCAAUUUUUUUAUGUAGGUUUGUUCCGAACGUGUAAAAUAAUGAUUUACAUAGUGUUAUACAAAUAAAUGAAAGGUGAUUUAAUGAUAUAUAUA